CAAACCCUCUCUCUCUCUAUACAACAAAAAAACGCUCUCUGCACUGUGACUCUCUUUCACUCUGUGAGUUCCAAUUUUCAUUCUUUUUUAUUUUAUUUUUUAUUUUUUUUGGUUUCUCCUCUGCCCCACCACGCAGCUAUCUUGAAAGUCAAGUAAGAAUAAUCCAAAGACCAAUCUUCACAACAACACUUUUCUCUGAAACCCAAGCAGAGAGAGAGAGAGAGAGAGAGAGAGAGAGAAGAGAAAGCAAAUUCCCACUUUCACAAACGCAAAAAAGAUCAAAACUUGCCCCCACCCCACAUCGAAACCACUCAAAUUCCUUAUCUGGGUCAUCUUCAAUUCGGUUAAUCUUUGAGCUUUUUCCAUCGAGCAAGUAAUGUCCAUAAGCUUCAGGGACAGAGCAAUUGGAGGUUCCAAGAAGCACCAGCCACUGCAAAACGCCAUGCCCGUUCACCCAAUUGAGGACCUUCAUUCUCCGUUCGGAGACCCGGGUCCGAAUUUACCCGAAUCGGAGCUCCGAGAAACCGCCUACGAGAUCCUCGUCGGAGCAUGCCGGAGUUCAGGGCCGAAGCCGUUGACGUUCAUAUCACAGUCGGAGAGAGGGGAUCGGGAUCGGUCUCCGGCGCCGGCGGCGUCGUUGAACAGGUCGUUGACUUCGACGGCGGCGAGCAAGGUGAAGAAGGCUCUGGGGCUGAAAACGGCGUCGUUGAGGAAGAACAGUGGGAACAAGCGUGCGGUGACGACUGGGGAGUUGAUGAGAGUGCAGAUGAAGAUUUCUGAGCAGAGUGAUACAAGGAUUAGGAGAGCACUGCUGAGAAUAGCUGCUGGCCAGCUUGGAAGACGCAUGGAGUCGGUGGUUCUUCCUCUAGAGCUAAUACAACUGUUUAAGAGUUCAGAUUUUCCCAGUCAACAAGAGUAUGAGGCUUGGCUGAGGAGAAAUUUGAAGCUUCUUGAAGCAGGACUCCUCUUGUAUCCUCACCUUCCAUUAGAUAAGGCAGAUACUUCUGCACAACGCCUCCGGCGCAUAAUCCAUGGAGCCCUUGAGAAACCCAUGGAUCUUGGAAAAGGCAGUGAAUCAAUGCAGACCCUGCGGAGUGCUGUUAUGUCUCUUGCUUGCAGGUCAUCUGAUGGGUCUGUUCCUGAGACAUGCCACUGGGCUGAUGGGUUUCCACUGAACCUCUGGAUCUACCAAACUCUUUUAGAAGCUUGUUUUGAUAUUCAUGCAGAAAAUUCCGUGAUAGAAGAGGUUGAUGAUGUCUUAGAGCUCAUCAAGAAGACAUGGGUUAUGCUUGGAAUUAAUGAGAUGCUGCAUAAUAUUUGUUUCUCUUGGGUCUUAUUUCAAAGGUAUGUUGCCACUGGCCAAAUGGAAAAUGAUCUGCUGUUUGCAUCCAGUAAUCUACUAGCAGAAGUUGAGAAAGAUACCAAGACAAUGAAAGAUCCUUUUUACUCAAAAACUUUGAGCUCCACAUUGAGUUUGAUGUUAAGUUGGGCAGAGAAAAGGCUCCUUGCAUACCAUGAUACUUUCCAUAAUGAUAAUAUUGAAUCAAUGGAAAGCAUUGUUUCUCUAGCUGUAUUGUCAGCAAAGAUUUUGGCAGAGGAUAUCUCUCAUGAUAACAAUUGGAAGAGGAAAGAAACUGAUGUAGCUUGCACCAGAGUUGAAAAUUAUAUUAGAUCAUCAUUGCGUGCUGUUUUCGCUCAGAUAUUGGACAAACUGGACCCCAGUAAGCAUCCAUCUAGAAAACAGAAUAAAGCCUUUCCUGCUCUUUCUGUCCUUGCACGAGACAUUACCGAACUGGCUAUUAACGAGAAGGCAAUAUUUAGUUCCAAACUGAAGAGAUGGCAUCCUCUUGCUGCUGGUGUUGCGGUUGCUACCCUUCAUGUGUGUUAUGGAAAUGAGUUGAAGCAAUAUGUCAAAGGUGUUACUGAGUUGACACCCAAUGCUAUAGAAGUGUUGUUGGCUGCUGACAAACUGGAGAAAGAUCUGGUGCAGAUAGCAGUGGAAGAUUCUGUUGACAGUGAAGAUGGUGGAAAAUCCAUUAUAAGGGAGAUGCAACCUUACGAGGCUGAAGCAGUAAUUGCUAGUCUGGUUAAGUCAUGGAUGAAGAUCAGAGUCGAUAGACUAGGGGAAUGGAUUGACAGAAAACUGCAACAAGAGGUAUGGAAUCCAAAGGCAAAUAAAGAGGGCUAUGCUCCUUCUGCUGUUGAAGUUUUACGGUUCAUAGAUGACACUCUGGAAGCUUUCUUUUUGUUGCCUAUACCCAUGCAUGCUGUUUUGCUACCUGAAUUGAUGUCUGGUCUUGACAAAUCUCUCCAACAAUACAUUUUGAAAGCCAAAUCUGGCUGUGGGAACCGUAACUCUUUCAUCCCAACUAUGCCUGCAUUGACUAGGUGUUCAACAAGAGCAAAAUUUCAUGGUGUAUUCCGGAAAAAAGAAAAGUCACAAAUGACUCAGAGGAGGAAAGGCCAAGUUGGAACCACAAACGGAGACAACUCAUUUGAUAUACCCCAGAUGUGUGUUCGCGUCAACACCAUGCAGCGUAUUCGCAUGGAGUUAGGGGUUUUGGAAAAGAGGAUAGUUGCCAAUCUCAGCAGUUCUAAAUCCUCUAACGACGAUGAUAUAACAAAUGGGAUGAGCUUGAAGUUCAAGUUUUCUGCUGCUGCUGCAGUGGAAAGUAUCCAUCAACUAUGUGAGUGUAUAGCAUACAAAGUCGUUUUCCACAAUCUUUGUCAUGUUCUUUGGGAUGGUCUAUAUGUCGGAGAAGUUUCAGCCACAAGGAUUGAGCCUUUUCUACAAGAGCUUGAGCAAUACUUGGAGAUCAUAUCAUCAACAGUGCAUGAUAAAGUUAGAACACGUGUGAUUAUUGAACUAAUGCAAGCUUCUUUUGAUGGGUUCCUGUUGGUUUUGUUAGCUGGAGGUCCAUCACGUGCUUUCUCUUUGCAAGAUUCUGUAAUAAUAGAGGAAGAUUUGAAGUUUUUGACUGAUUUGUUCUGGUCCAAUGGAGAUGGAUUGCCAGCUGAAUUGAUAGAAAAACAUUCUACCACUGUAAGAGGUGUACUUCCCUUGUUUCAUGCGGAUACUGAGCACAUAAUUCAGCAAUUCAGUCAACUUACUAUGGAAAUGUAUGGUUCUUCAGCCAAAUCAAGGCUUCCGUUUCCUCCAACAGCAGAUCAAUGGAGCCCAAGAGAACCAAACACCCUUCUACGAGUUCUGUGUUAUAGGAAUGAUGAGGCAGCUGCUAAAUUCCUUAAGAAAAAUUACAACUUGCCUACGAAAGUCUAAAAAUUGAUGAGUAAUACCUCUCUCUCGUACGCCUUUUCAACCUAUAUAAAUUUUUUAGUAGCUUCAUUUUGUAUGUUUUGAAACUCUAACUUGCUGGUGUGUGUGAGGAUAUGAUUGAAGUAAAAGGUGGUAUGCAUAAUACUCUUACACGGUGAUUAACUUUAGGGAAUAUGGUACUUUGUCACCAAUAAUGUUCAAAACUAAACUUUGUACAAGGAGUUUUUCAUCAGCUUCCUAAUUUGUUCGUCUGUUUCCAGCUCCUGUCAAAAUGCAAUUACUGACCACAUGGGAA